CGUGACCCCCCAGGUGUACCUCGGACACCUCCCUGGAGGGCACGCCCACAGACCCCCCGAAUCCGCCCGAAGCUCUCCGUCCCCUCCCGCGGUGCGAAAGGCUUCCCGAGAGGCCACCCCUGGUCUUUCCACGUCUGCUCCAGACCCCGUUGUACGCCUCAAAAAUCUUCCUCAGAGAACCCCCGUCUGGUCCCAGAUCCCCGAACCACCUCCUCCGUCCAGAAAUAUUCCCCCGGGGCCACUCCUCAUAUUCCAACGAUAUGUGUCAGAUAUCUUCUCCAGGAACCUCCCUCGUAAGCCCUUAAAAUGUCCUGCAGACCAGAGAUUCCCCGAAAUCCCCUCCAGACCCCGUACAUUCCAGAAAUCUCCCCCAGCCACCUACUUAGCACAUCCCAACAGUCUCCCCCAGACUUCCUUCUCACACAUCCCAAGAAUUUUCCCUCCCACCUACCCCCAUACCAGAAAUCGCCUUGGAGAUUUUCCACUCAUAACCCCCCAAUCUCAGAGCCCCUCCCCCUGGAAUCCUCCAGAAUGCCCCUGACGGCCCCUGAAAAUCUUCCUCAGAGACUCUGAAAUGGCCUCGGAUCCUCAAAACUCACUUGGAGCGCCCCCCCGACCCCGCCGCCAAUCCAUCAUCUCCCAUAUACACUCCCCCUUGACAUAUCCCGAAAGUCAUCCCUUUGGCCCCUCCCACAGGUCCUAAAAAUCUCUCCCAAAGACCUCCUCAUGUUUCUCAAAUCUCACCACCCUGAAAUGCCCUAGAGAUCACCCUCAGAUACCCCAGAAGUCUUCCCCUGAGACCCUCCUCACUUAUCCCAAAAAUCUCCAGAGAUUCCCUGAAAUCUCUGGAGAACUCUUCUUCCACAUUCCACAAGUCUCUUCCAAAACCCUUUUUAUGUAUCCCAAAUUUCCUAGUAACCCACACAAAAUGUUCCAGAAAUUGCUUCCUCAGGAUUCCAAAAGGUUUCCUCAUAGUUUCUCUCUGAUAUUUUCUAGAAUCGCUCUUUGAAUCCCCCUUUCAAAAUCUCUCCUUCUAGACCUACUUUCAGAUGAACUUUCCUCCUCACAACCCCUGUAAACCCUAAGACCCUCUCUUCACGACCCCUCUGAGAUGCAGGUUUUCAAGACCACCUCCUGUCUUCACAGAGACCCCAGCCACCUCCUUGAGCCCUCUGAGAUACGCCCUUGAAAUCCUUCCCAGAGACCCUUGCAGCACAGAGACCCUUGAAUCAGCACUUAGAGACCUCCUGCCUUACUGAGAGACUUUUCCUAGUCUAGGUGUUUCCGGAAGAGCUGCAGCCUUUGAAGAAACACUUUUUGACGACGAUAUCAGACCAAAGACCCCUUCCUCCUGGGGAGGUGAGGAAGAUUGGGGCACACAUGAACCCAGAUCUGAUUGAUGAGAAGGAACCAGCGAUGUGAUGAUCUGGGGAAGAACAUUUCGGGUAGAGGGGUCAGCCACUGCAAAACCCCUGAGAUGUGUUCAAGGAACAUCAAGGAGAUCGGUGUGGCUGAAGCAUAAGUGAAGCAGAAGGGGCAAGGGCUUGGAGUGGCUGACAGAGGCCAGAUCAUGUGGGGUCUUGUGGGCCAUGAAAGUUCACUGGUUUCUGCAAGGAAAACAGGGGCAAGAAUGGAAGCAGGAGGCAAUAUAUUUGUCCAGGAAGAAGCAAGAGCUCUAAAGCCAGACUGCUUGGCCUUAAAAAUCUCAGCUUAGCUGUGUACAGUCUUGGGACCCUUCUCAGUGCAGUGUUCCGGGCAGCCGCUACCAAUCGAUCGGAGGUAGCCUGUGAGGGAUUGACAGCCAGACCAGUUUGCUCUGUUCAUCUGUCCCACUGAGGAUCUAUUGAGGAGCCUGGAGAGGAGUGGCUAGACCAAGACCUCCCCCGAUGUGAGCAGGUGUCCUCCUCCCUGCACCACCCAUUGCCACCACGCCAGGGAACAUCCUCAAGCCCUGGCCCUCAGGGGAGAGGUAACAGGAGCCCGCAGCCGAGACCAUGUGACGGCGCUGGCCCUUGCCACCGCCGUCCCCCCCACCCUGGCCCCAGGCCUGGCACCAUGAUGUUCCGAGACCAGGUGGGCAUCCUUGCUGGCUGGUUCAAGGGCUGGAAUGAGUGUGAACAGACAGUGGCCCUGCUGUCACUUCUGAAGCGGGUCACCCGCACCCAGGCCCGCUUCCUACAGCUUUGCCUGGAGCACUCACUGGCGGACUGCAAUGACAUUCACCUGCUGGAGUCGGAGGCCAACAGUGCUGCCAUCGUCAGCCAGUGGCAGCAGGAGUCCAAAGAGAAGGUGGUGUCCCUCCUGCUGUCCCACCUACCCCUGCUUCAGCCAGGCAACACAGAGGCCAAGUCGGAGUACAUGAGGCUGCUGCAGAAAGUGCUGGCCUACUCGAUUGAGAGCAAUGCCUUCAUCGAGGAGAGCCGCCAGCUGCUAUCCUAUGCCCUCAUCCACCCGGCCACCACGCUGGAGGACCGCAAUGCGCUGGCCCUCUGGCUGAGUCACUUGGAAGAGCGGCUAGCUAGCGGCUUCCGCACCCGGCCUGAGCCCACCUACCACUCACGCCAGGGCUCGGAUGAGUGGGGUGGCCCUGCAGAGCUGGGCCCUGGGGAGGCAGGACCAGGCUGGCAGGACAAGCCACCCCGGGAAAAUGGACACGUGCCCUUCCACCCACCCAGCUCAGUGCCGCCAGCCAUCAACAGUAUUGGGAGCAACGCAAACGCAGGUCUCCCCUGCCAAAUCCACCCCAGCCCGCUGAAGCGCUCCAUGUCGCUCAUCCCCACGAGCCCCCAGGCCCCUGGUGAGUGGCCGAGUCCAGAGGAGCUUGGGGCCCGGGCUGCUUUCACCACGCCCGACCACGCACCCCUCUCGCCCCAGAGCAGCGUGGCCUCCUCUGGCAGCGAGCAGACGGAGGAGCAGGGCUCCAGCCGGAACACUUUUCAGGAGGACGGCAGUGGCAUGAAAGAUGUGCCCUCGUGGCUUAAGAGCCUCCGCUUGCACAAGUACGCGGCCCUCUUCUCACAGAUGAGCUAUGAGGAGAUGAUGACACUGACUGAGCAGCACUUGGAGUCUCAGAAUGUCACCAAAGGUGCCCGCCACAAGAUAGCCCUGAGCAUCCAGAAGCUGCGCGAGAGGCAGAGUGUCCUCAAAUCCCUGGAGAAGGAUGUGCUGGAAGGCGGGAAUCUGCGAAACGCUCUGCAGGAGCUGCAGCAGAUCAUCAUCACCCCCAUCAAGGCCUACAGUGUCCUCCAGGCCACUGUGGCUGCCGCCACCGCCACCGCCUCUACUGCCAAGGACGGGGGCCGGGGGGAGCCGCCGCUGCCAGGUGCGGAGCCUCCCCUGGCUCACCCUGGCACAGACAAGGGCAGUGAGGCCAAGGACCCUCCAGCUGCAGAGGGCUACCCCCCUCCACCAGCUCCAGCUCCCACUGACGGCAGUGAGCCAGCCCCGGCUCCCGUCGCUGAUGGAGACAUCCCCAGUCAGUUUACACGGGUGAUGGGCAAAGUGUGCACCCAGCUGCUGGUGUCCCGACCAGACGAGGAGAACAUCACCAGUUACCUCCAGCUCAUCGAAAAGUGCCUGACUCAUGAGGCUUUCACGGAAACGCAGAAGAAACGGCUGCUGUCCUGGAAACAGCAAGUGCUGAAGCUCCUCCGGACCUUCCCGCGCAAAGCCGCACUAGAGAUGCAGAGCUACCGGCAGCAGAAAGGAACCUGUGGUUCGCCAACCCUGGAGGCAGCAACAGCAUGCCCAGCCAGAGCCGCAGCUCUGUGCAGCGGACCCACUCGCUCCCGGUCCACUCGUCCCCCCAGGCCAUUCUCAUGUUCCCUCCAGACUGCCCGGUCCCUGGGCCUGACCUGGAGAUCAAUCCCACUCUGGAGUCUCUGUGUCUGAGCAUGACAGAACACGCCUUGGGUGGUGAGCAUUUCCUCUUUCCCUGACCCAGCUCCCACCUACCCACCAGCGUCUCCACCUCUGAACUGAGCAACUCAGAGUCAUCCUGAGGGGUCCCCAGGGGAGGCCGGACUCCAGGGAGGGCCUGACUGGGAUGACAGGCUACCUGAGCACCUUUUCUUGGGCCUCCCGCCAGCUCCUGACCUUCCUCCCUUCCUCCCUUUCUUACCACAGAUGGGACAGACAAAACCUCCACCAUCUGACGGGACCCACAGCCCAGCGCACCCAUAGGCUCCCCGGGCGGCGGGCGGGGGCCAACCCCCAACGGGCUUCUCCGCGACAGCGAGAGGGUGGGCUGGCUCAGCUAUACAUUCUAAUAUUUUUCUACUCUCUCACCCUUUUAACUUUUGUUUAACAUUGGCACACGCCUUGCUCACUCCCAGGCCCGUCGAGGGAUCUCUGCUGAGGCCCAGGGAGGUAGGGGGCAGCCAGGAUAAAGGGGGCAGGGACUGGCCAGCCUGCCUGCCCCCUCCUUCCCUCCUUCAUCCCCUACCUGGCCCCGUCCCACCCCUGCCUCCUCCAGACUGCCGGCCACCUGCCCCUCCCAAGGAAACACUCUCCCCCAGAGACUCACUGACCCACUGUCUUGUGGGGCCUGCUCAGAACCAUCUGACAUUUGGGGAGAGAUGAGUGAGGUAGAUAAUCUGCUCUCCUGAAUGUUAUUUGAGAGGAGCUGAGGAGAUAAAGGCGGGUGAGGAGAGGAGCGUGUCUGUCUUCCCGCGCUCUCUGUCUCUCUCUCCCUCCCCCCUCCCCCCUCACCUCCUUGCUGCCUUCUUCUCCUUCCCCAUUCCCAUCAUUCCCCAAGGACAGGAGCCACUCUCCUCUCACUCACCUCCUUUUGCCCUGUUUAUCAGAGGUUCUCUGCAAUUAAUUUCUUAGGCCUAUUUAAGAUACAUAUUUAUAUAGUUCUUAACGGUUUUUCUCUCUGAUCAUUCCCUCUCAUUUUUAGAAUCCCCAGGCCUCUCUCUGAGCCAAGAAAGUGGCAGGGGGAGCCUGAAUUUUACGAGGGGAGAGGGCAGAG